AUGUUCGACCCGCAAACAGCAGGGGCGUUUGAGGCGCUGCGGGCCCUGCGUCGCACCGAAAGUGGGAACGUUUUGUGGGCGCGGCGCGGUGGGAAUGCCCCGUCAGGAAGCGGUCUCGGUGAAGUUUUCGAACAUGCGCGCGCGGGUGCUUUUUUGGAGCGCACGGGCACUCUAAGCGAUCAGAGUGGUCGUGAAAGAACCCAGCCUUCACAAGAGCCUCGUGGCUUUUUUCUUGCGGCAGUGGGGGCACUGGCGCCGUUUUCUUGUUUUACUUUUCACAUCAGUCCUCAACAGGGAGAGCCCCUUGUUCCAAGUGCGUUUUGCAAAGCUGUUUAUUAUUAUUCUUAUAAUUUACGCCCCUUUACAUGA